GAGAUGCUGUGUGUAAGAAGAAGAAGAACAAAACCGAAACUAUCCUCCUUAAGGGUUUCUCCUUCUUCUUCUGCUUCGUCAUCGUCUUCGUGAGCUAAAACCCUAAUUCUCCCCAAUCCCUCUCUCUCUAAAGCUUAUAACUUUCUCCCUCGGAUCAAAUUCAAAUUCAAAAGUCGUGAGCUUUACCAGCCGCCGAAUCGGUUCUGAUUCUUUUUUCCGCGCUCCGUCGUGGGGGAACACGGAUCUGGGGUUUCUCUAAUUCGAGCUGAUCUGUGUGAAUUUUCCCCUUUUUGAGGAAGAUAGAAAAAAGGAAACUUUGUGGAGAUUCGAAUUUUUUUUUGGAGAUGGGUGAAGGCGGCGGAGGAGGAGGAGGAGGAGGAGAAUUCCCGCCAAAAAGGGAUGAUGUAACAACUGAUGAGUCUGGUUUUCCCGCGAAGACGCCAGCGAGGCAACUUGACUUCACUGGUGGUUCACUGUCUAAACCGGCGGCUUCUACUGAUGUUGUUGCCACGGAGGCUAAGACUGUUGUUGUCACUCCCUCUGUUUCUUCACCGAUGAUGAUGACGACGUCGCGGCUUCAUCCGGUUGUGCGACCGACGGUACAAGUUGCGACGCCUAAUCCGCCGUCACAGUCACAAAUCCUUAACCCGCCGAUUAGGCUUCCAAAGCCGGAAUCUCCAAAGUCUAGACCAAGGCCUAUUGUGGAAGGUAGAGAUGGAACUCCUCAAAAGAAGAAGCAGUGUAACUGUAAACACUCUCGCUGCUUGAAACUGUACUGUGAAUGCUUUGCAUCCGGAACAUACUGUGAUGGUUGUAACUGUGUCAAUUGUUUCAACAACGUUGACAAUGAACCUGCAAGACGAGAAGCUGUGGAAGCAACUCUGGAGCGGAAUCCAAAUGCCUUCAGGCCUAAAAUUGCUAGCAGUCCACAUGGUGUUAGGGAUAAAAGGGAGGAGAUUGGUGAAGUUGUGUUGUUAGGGAAACAUAACAAAGGAUGUCACUGCAAGAAAUCAGGAUGCCUUAAGAAGUAUUGCGAGUGCUUUCAAGCAAACAUUCUUUGUUCCGAGAACUGCAAAUGCUUGGAUUGCAAAAACUUUGACGGAAGUGAGGAGAGACAAGCUCUGUUUCACGGUGAGCAUGCCAACAACAUGGCUUAUCUCCAACAAGCAGCAAAUGCAGCCAUUACUGGAGCUGUUGGUUCAUCUGGCUUUGCUCCUUCUCCAGCACCUAAGAGAAGGAAAGGUCAUGAUAUUUCUUUCAACCAAGCAAACAAAGAUUUAUCUGCUCAUCGACUUGGCCAGUUCCAACAGGCAAAUAAUGGAAGAACUAGUGGCCCAACCUCAGGUACAUCUCCAGGAAUUGUUUCUCGGCCUGGUGGCAAUUCAUCGGCAGCUCCAUCAAAGUUUGUAUAUAGGUCUCUCUUAGCAGAUAUAAUCCAACCUCAGGAUGUGAAAGCGCUUUGCUCUGUUUUAGUCGCUGUAGCCGGAGAAGCAGCAAAGACAUUAACAGAUAAAAGAAAUGAAACAGAAGCUUCGUCUGCACAAGAUAACUCCCAAGAGAUUAAAGAUGCUGGUGAUGUUGAGAUGGUUGCAGCUGAUGAAAACCAAGCUGAUAAGUCUGGACAAGAGGGUGCCAACUCAGAUGGCGCCGAUGCCUCUAAAGGAAAGCCACUGUCUCCAGCAACUAUGGCUUUGAUGUGUGAUGAACAGGACACUAUGUUCAUGGUAGCAGCAGCUGAACCUAAUGGUUCAGUGGACCCCGGUGGCUGCGGAACAGACUCACAGGGGAAGUCAGAGAAUUACGCAGAGCAGGAGAGAGUGGUGUUAACCAAAUUCAGAGAUUGCCUAAGUCGACUUAUCUCUUACGCAGAAAUAAAAGAAGCAAAGUGUUCAUAUUUAGCAAGAAGGCAUAUACAGUCACCCCCAACCGCAACAGCAACUGUGAAAACAGAGAAUGGGAUUCAGCAGAUACCACCAAUUGUGAAUGGAGCUUCACGAACCACUUCUCAACCUACUACACUCAGCAAACCACAGCUGUUGCAGCCGACGACCACAACUAAUACCUCAACCACUCAGCAUCUUCAUAAACCUCCAACUUUACCGGAGAAGAAAGACCCUCUGAAUCAAUAAAGUAUACUCUACCUAGGACCACAAUAACUUACCAGAGAGAACAUAAACAACAAGCUGAGAUCUACCUCACCACCGCCUCAUUUUACAAGGUAAUAUUACCAUAAUUUUUCGUGUCUCUUUAAAAGCCUCUUGCAGGUUUUGGAGAGAGCUUUGUUUCUUUACUACACGAGUUAUUUUACUAUUUACUUGUUAGUAUUUUUUGUGUCUUUGUUACUUUUUCUUUGAUGGUUUUAGUUGCUGAAACACUCUUGUUUAUUAUGUCUCAUUAUGAUGUUCUCUUUCAACUUAUGUAACAUUAGAGAGUAACAUAAUAAUAAAUCCCCAAUUUUACAGAAAAUGUAAAUGAGAUUUAU